CCCACGGUAGAGCCAAAAAAAAGAGGACUCCAUUAGGGUGGUCGCGUCAAAGCCUUUUGUAUUUCUCUCGCCCUCAAUAUCAAGCGUCGAUAGCGCGGCCGGCGGCUUCCGCCUCUUCUCGUCCUCUUCCUACCCGGGCUCGAUCCUUUCCCGUUCUCUUCUCGUGAUCUCGGGGGCGAUGGCGGGGGCGGCGGAGGAGGCGCAGCUGAACCGCCUCGAGAGCCAGGUCGACAGUGGCGGGGGCGGGGCGUGGGAGUACCUCUGCCUCGUCCGCAAGCUCAAGGCCCGCCGAUCCGAGAAAGUCCUCAAACACGGACUCUCCAUCUUGAACGACGCCAAGGAUCGAUCCAAGCUUGGAGGAGAAGAAUGGACUCUUUAUGAGCAGGUGGCUAUUGCUGCUAUGGAUUGCCAGCGACUAGAUGUUGCAAAGGAUUGUAUUGCUACCCUCUCAAAGAAAUUUACAGGCAGUCUGAGGGUUGGCAGAUUAGAAGCAAUGCUACUUGAAGCGAAGGGAGCAUGGGCUGAUGCAGAAAAAGCAUAUGCAUGUCUUCUAGAGGAUAAUCCACUUGAUCAGCUAAUCCAUAAGAGGAAGGUUGCGAUGGCAAAGGCACAAGGAAAUAUCUCAGCUGCUGUUGAUUUUCUAAAUAAGUACCUUGAAAUAUUUAUGGCAGAUCAUGAUGCUUGGAGAGAACUUGCUGAAAUUUAUGUAUCCCUACAAAUGUACAAGCAAGCAGCCUUUUGUUAUGAGGAGCUAAUACUAUCUCAACCAACAGUUCCUUUUUAUCAUCUAGCUUACGCAGAGGUACUUUAUUCUAUGGGUGGUUUGGAAAAUCUUCAGGCAGCCAAAAAGUACUAUUGUGCCACCGUCAACUUAACUGGAGGCAAGAACACCAGAGCUCUCUAUGGUGUAUGCUUGUGUAGUGUUGCCAUCAAUCAGCUGAUCAAGGGACGGAACAAAGAAGAGAAAGAAAGCUCUGAGCUGCAAUCCCUAGCUGCGGAGGCUCUGUUGCAGGAUUACAAGCAUAGGGCUCCUGGAAAGCUACCUCUUCUUACCACAAUGCUGAAGAACAUGAAACUAAUCUCUUGAUUCUGAUUUUUUUAAAAUUAGCAUUAGUGACUCCUAGAUGCUCCAAUUCAGCAAUUCCAUAUGAAUGAUUGCAAAGAUUACGGUGCUUAAUUUUCUUUUUUGAGGGUUCUAUUUUUUGUUUUUUGCCCCUUUGUUCUAGGGAUAUGCCUUGUAUAAUUCUUAUAUAUCUAUGUGAAAACAUGAGAUAUAAUCCAACUAUGCUGCAUCAUAUUGUUUCAGAUUAACAACUUUUCCUUUCCAAUCAUCA